CUUGACCCGGCGGCCCAAGCCUCCAGCUGACAGGUGUUCCCAGAAAUAGGGGCGCUUCCGCGCGCGAGAGACGAGGAGCUACGGGUUCAGUCCUAGCUAGCGCCAUGGGCAGCGGCUGCCGCAUCGAAUGCAUAUUCUUCAGCGAGUUUCACCCAACGCUGGGACCCAAGAUCACCUACCAGGUCCCUGAGGACUUCAUUUCCCGGGAGCUGUUUGAUACAGUCCAAGUGUACAUUAUCACCAAGCCAGAGCUGCAGAACAAGCUCAUCACUGUCACAGCCAUGGAAAAGAAGCUGAUUGGUUGCCCCGUGUGCAUCGAACACAAGAAGUACAGCCGCAAUGCCCUCCUCUUCAACCUGGGCUUCGUGUGUGAUGCCCAGGCCAAGACCUGUGCCCUCGAGCCCAUCGUUAAAAAGCUGGCUGGCUACCUGACCACACUGGAGCUAGAGAGCAGCUUUGUGUCCACAGAGGAGAGCAAGCAGAAGUUGGUGCCCAUCAUGACCAUCUUGCUGGAGGAACUGAAUGCCUCAGGCCGGUGCACUCUGCCCAUUGAUGAGUCCAACACCAUCCACUUGAAGGUGAUUGAGCAGCGGCCAGACCCUCCUGUGGCCCAAGAGUAUGAUGUGCCUGUGUUUACCAAGGACAAGGAGGAUUUCUUCAACUCACAGUGGGACCUCACCACACAACAGAUCCUGCCCUACAUUGAUGGUUUCCGCCAUGUCCAGAAGAUCUCAGCCGAGGCAGAUGUGGAGCUCAACCUGGUGCGCAUUGCUAUCCAGAACCUGCUGUACUAUGGAGUUGUGACACUGGUGUCCAUCCUCCAGUACUCCAAUGUGUACUGCCCAACACCCAAGGUCCAGGACCUGGUAGAUGACAAGUCCUUGCAGGAGGCGUGUCUAUCCUAUGUGACCAAGCAAGGGCACAAGAGAGCCAGUCUCCGAGAUGUGUUCCAGCUGUACUGCAGCCUGAGCCCUGGCACUACUGUGCGAGACCUUAUUGGCCGCCACCCCCAGCAGCUGCAGCAUGUUGAUGAACGGAAACUGAUCCAGUUUGGGCUUAUGAAGAACCUCAUCCGACGACUACAGAAGUAUCCUGUGCGGGUGUCUCGGGAGGAGCGGAGCCACCCUGCCCGGCUUUACACAGGCUGCCACAGCUACGAUGAGAUUUGCUGCAAGACAGGCAUGAGCUACCAUGAGCUGGAUGAGCGGCUUGAAAACGACCCCAACAUCAUCAUCUGCUGGAAGUGAUGAGGCUGGUGGUCACUAGAUAUGGCACAUUGCUGUGGGUACUUCCUCCUGCUAAGCCCUCCCUAAUACAGAGAGACUAGACCAGUAGGCUAGUCCAUACUGUCUGGAGGUUGACCCACAGUUCUGUAAAUAAAGUCAUCCAUUUCAACCUGC